AUUUACAAAUGUAUAUAUAUACCAAUUUAACCCAUUAACCCCAAAUUUUAAACUACAAAAAACACAAUAAUUCUCAAAAUGAUGAUCAAGCUAGUGCUAAGUAGUGUUUUGACAACAAGCCUAAUAUGGCUACUCCUUACAGCCACAUCAGCCACGGCUCAAACUCCCAUCCUCGACACCAGAGGGCAGCCACUCCUCCGUGGCGUGGAGUACUACAUCAAGCCAGCCAUCACCAACAACGGCGGCGGGCUCACGCUUAUCGACCGCAACAACUCCUGUCCAUGGUACGCUGGACAAGAAAAUGACAUGAAAUCUAGAGGAAUCCCAGUGACAUUUUCGCCUUUCUUGAAGGCUGAAAACGUGGUGAUGGAGUCGAUGAGCUUCGAGGUUGCUUUCGCAAAGGAAGGCACGUCCAAGUGUCCGAAUACUACGACGAACUGGAAGGUGUCUACGAUGGAGACUAGUAGUAGCGGUAGCCAACCCCGAUUCAUCGAAACGGGUGGUAACGGCACCGUUUUGCAUUAUUUCCAGGUUUAUUUAGGACCUGAAGUAGUGAUGAAGAAUGGUUCGUAUGGAUUGAGGUGGUGUCCUGCUGAAGUGUGCCCCUAUUGUAGGGUUGAUUGUGGGUUUGUUGAAGUUGUCGUUGAAAAUGGGAACAGGUUAUUGGCUUUGAAUUCAACUUCUGCGUUCCCUGUUGUUUUCGAGAGAGCUGCUUAAUCAUCAUCAUCAUUAUUAUCUUUGAUUAUUAUAGAUAAUAAAAUUGGUUGUGUUUAUUGUUUUUUUUAUUAUUAUUAUUCAUAUAGUGAAAAUAAAACUAAAGCUAGCUAUAUAUUAUAUAUAUAGCUCUUGUUCAA